AUGAAUCUGUCCGAAACGCCAAUUAAACAAGAUUGGCUUAAAAUUGCUAUUGAAGAAAAAUUCGUGAAAUUUUUUGAAUAUGAUUCUUUUAAUGAUUUGGAAAUAAUUGGUAAUGGCGGUUUUGCUACCGUAUAUAGUGCUAACUCAAAGGAUAUUGAAAAAGUCGUAGCGUUGAAAAAGUUAAAUCAUGGUCUUGCUAAUGAUAACGAAAGUUCGGAUGACGAAAGUUCGUUUGGCGGAUUUAAAAGCGAA